GCACCAGUCAAGGCCAGAACGAGGCCAAAAGAUGGAAGCCAAAUUUUCGUGACCCUGGUUGCUGUGAAAACCCCAAAAAGAUCAUGAGUUCUAGACGAUGGUUUCAUCCAAACAUCACAGGCCCAGAGGCCGAGGGUCUGCUCAUGGACCGGGGCUUCGAUGGAAGUUUUCUCGCCCGUCGAAGCAGAUCAAAUCCCGGCGAUUUCACGCUAUCGGUCCGCCGCAAAGGUGAAGUGACCCACAUCAAGAUACAGAAUACUGGUGACUGUUAUGACCUGUACGCUGGAGAAAAGUUUGCAACGUUGACUGAGCUUGUGCAAUUUUAUAUAGAAAAUCAAGGCCAGUUGAGGGAGAAAAAUGGUGAGGUCAUCGAAUUGCGGUACCCAUUGAAUUCUGCUGAUCCAACCACGGAAAGAUGGUUUCAUGGGCAUAUAUCGGGGAAAGAGGCAGAGCGUUAUCUCAUGGAGAAGGGUAAAAAUGGUAGCUACUUAGUACGGGAGAGUCAGAGCAAGCCGGGGGACUUUGUGUUAUCCGUACGGUGUGAGGAUAAGGUCACACAUGUUAUGAUAAGAUAUGAGGAUAAUUCCUAUGACAUAGGGGGCGGCGAACAGUUUGAGACUUUGUCCGACCUUGUUGAACAUUACAAGAAGAAUCCCAUGGUUGAACGAUCCGGGAUCGUGCUUCAUCUCAAGACGCCAUUCAAUGCAACGAGAAUCAGCGCGUCUGGCAUAGACUCCCGAGUGAAGGAGUUACAGAAAGAAAACGGGACGGCCACAAGCACAGGGAAGGCUGGAUUCUGGGAAGAAUUUGAGCAACUGCAAACGCAAGAGUGCAAACAUUUAUACAGUCGGAAGGAGGGACGAAAACCUGAAAAUAAAAACAAAAAUCGAUAUAAAAAUAUACUUCCAUUUGAUCACACGCGUGUUGUUUUGAGAGAUCACGGUCUGCCGGCCAAUGAUCAAAGUGGUGCUGAUUACAUAAAUGGCAAUUAUAUUACACACGAAGAAGAUGUGCUGAAUGACCCGAAGAAAACGUACAUAGCAACGCAGGGCUGCCUCGCUUCAACAGUAUGUGAUUUCUGGCGAAUGAUUUGGCAGGAGAAUUCGAGAGUGAUAGUCAUGACAACUAAGGAAGUGGAAAGAGGGAAGAAUAAGUGCGCUCGGUACUGGCCGGAUGAUCGACAGUCAAAAGAGUACGAGGCGUACGGAUACAAGUUAAUCGUCAAGUCAGUAAAGGAAACUCAUACACCAGAUUACACUCUCCGGGAGUUUGACCUCACCAAAAGAGAGGGCAACACUUCCGAGACGAGAACUGUGUUCCACUUUCACUUCACCGUGUGGCCCGACCACGGUGUCCCAUCAGACCCUGGCUGUGUUCUAAACUUCCUCCAUGAAAUCAACGUCAAGCAGGACUCAAUGCCCGGUGCAGGCCCUGUCAUUGUCCACUGCAGUGCCGGCAUUGGACGUACAGGAACUUUUAUUGUGAUAGAUAUGAUUAUAAAUUCGAUAAGACAGUUAGGUCUAGACUGUGAAAUUGACAUACAGAAAACCAUCCAAAUGGUCCGGUCACAGAGAUCUGGGAUGGUUCAGACAGAAACACAGUAUAUAUUUGUUUAUAAAGCUGUCCAGCAUUACAUUGAUACUGUGUCAAAGAGAAUGGCUGAAGAACAGAAAUACCAAAAAACUGGCCGAGAAUACCUGAAUAUUAAGUAUUCUUCCGAGGCGCUAGGUGGCGGGGAACUGCACCGAGCUCUCAAGUCCGUCGCUAACGCUAAUGCUGCUGCACCCACAUUGUCAACGCCAACACUGGCGCAAUCUGCUGCUAGCCAGAGACAUAAAACGCAUCAUAAAGAGCUUCCAAAAUUACCUGAUGACCAUACUGCCUCUCUGUCAGGGCAACGCGAGCCGCAACUUUACGAAAACAUCGAAAUUCUCAAGCCACCUCCGCGGCCGAAGAAGAUGGAGGGCCAUUGACAGUAACUUUUUCUUGCCACUUUGUGGUAAACGAUGGGUUUUAUUCGUUAAGAUUUGAAAACAGGAGUGCAUUCGCGAGAGGAAUAUUUGGAAAGGUCUUGCUGUAAGCUGCAAAGUUUUUGCAAUUUGCGAUAACUUUUGUCAAAAUUUCGGAUUUUCUUUCAAUCUUUCUUUCUUAACCAUUAAAAACCAGAGUUAAUCUCAGAAGGCAUCUUCACAAAACCGUUGCCAUUUAUUAGCUAUUUUAUUGUAAUUUACCAGUUCGCAUUUACAUAGGUGUUACUCUAUGUAAACGCAGGCUGAACAACUAUGUAAAUGCGGGCUGAGGGGAUUAUUUAUUAUGUCAGUGGCAGCCACAAGAUGGGAGUGAUGCGGGAGUGAUUACACCAACAAUGUUUUGGACAACUCUCGUGAUCAUCCUUGUUUCUAGUUGAAUUGCUGUUGUGUCACUCCCGUAAAAUGCUAUCACAGGAGUGAACUGAUCACUCUAAUGCGAAUUUCUUUUGACUGCCACUGUUGUCUAUUGCCUUUACUGGGUGUCAAGACAUUUUUUACCAGGUGACUUGGAAUGAAGUAUUUGGAUUUCAUCGUGUAUGAGCUGUACAAAUGACCUCCCGAUACAUUUGUGGUCAGACUGAACUAUUUGUGAAAAGCCUAACUGGUGAUGUAAAUAAACCCGGAACUGCAUGCAUUGACAAAAGAUUUUUUAGUUGGUGAAUUGGUUAUACGUUUAUUGUUCGUCUACGGUUACCUGGUUUAAACUCUGGUUUAAAGUCAUCAAAGUGAAAUUCGGUGGUCAUAAACAAAAAAGUAUACAAUAAUCUAAAGUAUUUCCUGAAAUUUCAGGAUAUUAGUUAUAAGGUAAAGGAGUUGUUGUCUAAAAUCUCGGCCAGUAUUCGCUUGGGGAACCUUAUCAUUUCCUCAAAGGUAAAUCCAAGAUGGCUGCAGGCUUGUGGAAGCUUGUACAUUUUGGGGAACAGCUCCCUCAUCUUAUAUGCAAAUGUUAUGAAUUGAUCAGGAAAUGUUGAUAAAUGUCAUGCUUAUUUUGUUCAUGACCAUGAGAUUUCAUUUCAAUGACUUUAAGCCUGUCGGAAGCUGAUGGACACUGUUUAGGAUGACCCUUUUUCAAGUGCAUUCUUGACACUGAUAUUUCAUUGCAUAAUCAUGAUUAAUGGAACUAAGAAAUAUGGAAAUCGGUGGCAUAGUGGAUAUAAAACCCUGGGUCAUAAUCAGGAGAUCAUUGAGUUCAACUCGCAGAAGGUUCUCACAUUUUCUUCUCGGGAGUCCUUGAGCAAGUCACCUGUCCUUUCAUUGCUUCAUCUUUGAAUGUGGCAUAAAAGCGAGGUAUCUUUAGGGCAUAGCUGCUGCCAGCUCCAGGGCAACCUGAAGACCCCAUCCAUGGGUACGAGGGGUGGAAAUCCUCUGCCUGGCUGAAGACAAUUGACCUGAUCAAAACCCAAUCGGAGCCCACAUGUAGUGGCAUACUAAAAUGUUCACUAGUCCUGACAUUGUAAAUGUAAUACUCCUAGCACACAUUAUCCAGGCCAGACCUGGUGGUUUCAUAAAGGGUCGAUGCCACUAUACUACAGGGUGGCCCAGAAAACUUCCCUCACACAAUAAAAUUCUAUCGCGUAUCCAUUGUGUGAGGGAAAGAUAUUCUGGGCCACCCUAUAUAUCUGCACAUUACGUUUUGAGUAGUGUGUUUUUGAUGUGUGUGAUGCUCGGGGUUAACCAUUUUAACACCUUCCAAGUUCUGGUCUUCAGGAAAUAUGAUUGCAUUUGCUGUCUGUUCAUUUGCAUAAAUUAUAAUAUGCUAAUUGGUAUUUUUAGAGGUUACACUGCAUUUAUGCCAAUUAUGUACAAUGUAUCUAAUGAUUUAAAAACCAUGGGUUAUAGGCUGUGGCCAAAAUCCCAAAAGGGGCUUUUUAAAUCUGUGACAACAUUUCGGGGGCAGCCUGAAGUUCCUAUUAUCAUGAUAAGUACAAAGGUGCUUAUUUUACAUUAAACAAAAGUUCCCGCAAAAAUUCUUACUCCUAAACCAGAUAAAUUGACAUUACCAACCAAACAAUCCUGUCAAUUGAGCUCAGUGAAAGAAAUAUUUUUAGUUCACAAUCAUAUCCUGGUGGCAGCGCUGAAUGGUGCAAAUUUGGCCACCUAGGAGGCAGUCAUAUAACUAAAAUAAUUGGAGUUUGUACAAUCAUGGAGGUAUAAUAACCUCCAUGGUACAAUGUAUGGGCUAUUCUUGUGAUUAAAUUCGGUAUAUCUGGUUUAUGUGCACUUAUUCUUGUGGUAACUUUCUUAUUAUGUGAUGUGAUCACCUCAUUCAUCAUGACAAAACCAUUUUCACUCACUCCUGGAAAUGUUACCACGAAAGACAGAUUUUUGGAUGUGCCCCAUGGCACAUUAAAUUAUUGUCUUUCCUUCAUUUGGUUCAACUAGAAGUGCCUUAUUCAGACACUUGUUUGGAGAUUAUUAAUUCAGAAACCAGCCGAAAGUCAAAGCGCUACCAAAUAACUAGAACCUUCGGUGUUUAUGAGUUCUGCUUUUCUCACUAAAAUCCUUUUUUUAUCGAGGGGAUUUCAGGAGUAGCGCUCUGCACUUAUGAUACAGCGAUCACCGGUUAACCGGAUAUCAGAGAAAAUUCAUCAUUGUAUUUUGCGAUAGCAAUGUUUUUGGCAAUAGAGUUGUGACGUCAAAUUUAUCAAUAUCAUGACGUCAUUGUUGUUGUCAUGAUGACUUUCUGAGCUUUUUUAGUCCGAGUGCCGAGCGCUAUUUGAUAUUUUUUUGUAAAAUCCAUCCAGUCCCACGUUUUAUAGUCAAGGGUGACAUGAAUAAUGAUAUAAAUGUUUUGUAUAUUUGUUGUAUAGUAUAAUAGUCGAAGAUAUUUUGUUAAAUCCUACAUGGGUAGGGUCUGAAUUGCGUUCUCAUACAAUGUACAUUAGCUGUGGGCGGGUUGCCAAUCCCCUAAAGCUUCUCGUGAACAAAAGAUCUAUUUUGCAGUGCUCUGCAAUAAUUAUCGCAAGCUACAUACGAAAUUCUCUUGUUUGUAGCAACCAAAAAGAAAUUGUUGUCGCUGCAACUUACAAUGAAUAUUAAACUCAGCAAUGACAUUAUUUCCCGCAGACAUAUUGCCAUCUUUUUGACACACAGUGCAGUGAUAAUUAUUGCAGGUUGCAGCAAAACAACUCUAGUCUGCGUGGCACUUUAAGGCUGCAAUGCGGUUGCCUUCCAUUUAUGUUGUGGCGAUGAUAUCAAUCGAGCUUGUCAACAAGUUUUGUGCACAUGCUGAAAGUUAAGCAUGUAUUAAUGAACCAUGUAUUGAUGAUACAAAAGUAAUGUCCGACAUGUAUAUCACAGGGUUCCCCAGAGGGUUUUCUCAAGGCAGGGUGGUACCAUUGAUAUACAAGGAGUUUUGCCAGUAGGGUAGUCUGCAAUUUAAGGUAGGGUGGCCCUUUAGAAACCCUUUACAAAGUUUUAGAGCGAGAUAGGGUGGCUAUUGCAAGGUACAGUCCAAAUCACAAUUGUCAUCCCGAAAUUCGCCUCAUUGACACUCUACCCAGCAUGUUGGUCGUGCAAAAGUCGAGUGGUGGUCGCUCGUAAUUUACACGAAACAUAGAGAGAUAAGCGUGUCAUUGGCGGGCAACUUGGCACGUAACUUGCGCGUAUGUUGCCUGUCUAUGAUGCGAUGCAGGAUGGAGGUCAGUUGUGAUUUGGACUGUAGGGUGGUAAGCUGCCAAGUUAGGGUGGACUGCCCUGACAAAAGUCCUUGUGGAGUCCUUGAAUAGACUUAGACUGGAGAUCGUUGCAUUUGUUUACUUCUACCUACACAAAAGUCCUUGUGGAGAACACUGAUAUCGGCGCUUCCCAUGGAAAACUGCUUUGAAAAGCCAGAUGUUUGGUUUAUGAAAUGGUCUUUGAAGGAUACUCUGUUCGUUCACAAAUUUGAAAAUUGAUCUGUGUAAAUACGCACUGUAAAUAAAUUUCAACAAUGCCAUGGUGUAGACAGUGAGCUGUAGGGUGCAGAAUUCGGAAAUAUUUCAGACUAUUGAUUUGAUAUCGAAUGAGGGUGGGUAUUAACCCUCGUGUCACCAGAUCAUUACCUCAUUUAGGCAAAGGACUAACAGUUUUGAUAAUAUUAUCUGGAGCAUAUACAUUGUGAUAAAGUGACUUGUCCAAGAACUGAGGUGUUACAUGGCUGUUGCAAUAGGUACCUAGUAUUAUAAAGCUGUUCUAUUUAGCUUUGGGAGUCUUGAUUAGAAAGUAGUUACCACAAUCGAGCGACUUGAUCUAAAGUAUCGAAGUCUGCAUUGUGAAGUACAUGUAGUUAGUACAGAGCCACUUACAUGCACAUGUAAAUGUUGGAGUCUGCAUUGGGAUGUAGUUUGUACAGAGCCACUUAAAUGUAAGUGUGAAAGUCUGCAUUUGGAUGUAGUUUGUACAGAGCCACUUACAUGUAAGUGUGAAAGUCUGCAUUGGGAUGUAGUUUGUACAGAGCCACUACCAUGUAAGUGUGAAAGUCUGCAUUGGGAUGUAGUUUGUACAGAGCCACUUACAUGUAAGUGUGAAAGUCUGCAUUGGGAUGUAGUUUGUACAGAGCCACUUACAUGUAAGUGUGAAAGUCUGCAUUGGGAUGUAGUUUGUACAGAGCCACUUCCAUGUAAGUGUGAAAGUCUGCAUUGGGAUGUAGUUUGUACAGAGCCACUUCCAUGUAAGUGUGAAAGUCUGCAUUGGGAUGUAGUUUGUACAGAGCCACUUACAUGUAAGUGUGAAAGUCUGCAUUGGGAUGUAGUUUGUACAGAGCCACUUACAUGUAAGUGUGAAAGUCUGCAUUGGGAUGUAGUUUGUACAGAGCCACUUCCAUGUAAGUGUGAAAGUCUGCAUUGGGAUGAAGUUUGUACAGAGCCACUUCCAUGUAAGUGUGGAAGUCUGCAUUGGGAUGUAGUUUGUACAGAGCAACUUCCAUGUAAGUGUGGAAGUCUGCAGUGUCCUUUUCAGACAUACAGCAUAUAUAUAUUGAAUGUAUAAAUAUAUAUUUUUGUGUUGGACAGCUACAUGUAAUCAUGAAGUUAAUUUAUGUCGCAUGUUGGAGGAAGGGAGAUGUAGAUGUAUUAGGUUCAAAUCUUUGCCAGGCCAUUGCCCAGGUUCAGAACUGUGGUGUCAUUAUAAUGAGGCCAGGACUGUAAUGCAACAGUAAAUUUUGAAGCUACUGGUCUGGAGUAUCCCAUUUUUGUUUUCAGUCAGGGAAAAUGGUAAACAUGAUCAUCAAUGAUCAUCGAAUAGACAGUCAGGCCACGCACUGUUUCUGGACAAAUUCUCUAACCUAAAUGACGUCAUGUUUUCCUCAGUAAUAUAAAGAAUUUAAGAAUUUUUGGUUCUGUAACAGUUAAAAAGAGACAGUGCUAUUUUAUACGAAGAGAGGAGAUGUUGAUGGAUGAAGUGUACAUUUUAUUACAUACAUGUACAUAGGAUUGAAAUAUACAUGUAACAAUAAACACUGCAGUAUAAAUUCA